AUGAGGCACGCAGUGGCACCGACAGAAUCCGUGGGGAAUAAUUCAUUUGCAGUGACAAACAUCCUAAAGAUAUGUUCCCAUUGUGAACGGCUUAGCAAGAAGGACUUGGGUGUAAGGAUCCCAAGACCCCUUGGCAACGGACCAAGCAGAUUUAUCCCAGAAAAAGAGAUUCUCCAAGUCAGUAAAGUGGACGGCCGGACGCAGUCAAUAUUUGAGGAUGCGUUCGCCGCCCUCGGACGCCUGGACAACAUCUCCCUGGUCAUGAGCUUCCACCCGCAGUAUCUGGGGAGCUUUCUGCGCACACAGCACUACCUGUUGCAGAUGGACGGGCCGCUGCCUUUGCACUACCGACACUACAUCGGCAUCAUGGCGGCGGCGAGACAUCAGUGCUCGUACUUGGUGAAUCUGCACGUCAACGACUUUCUCCAAGUGGGGGGCGAUCCCAAAUGGCUCAACGGACUGGACAAGGCCCCACAGAAGCUGCAGCAGCUCGGAGAACUCAACAAGAUCCUGGCCCACCGACCCUGGCUCCUCACCAAGGAACACAUCAAGCACCUUCUGAAGGCGGAGGUGCACAGCUGGUCCCUGGCAGAGCUCAUCCACGCAGUAGUCCUGCUCACACACUACCACUCCUUGGCCUCUUUCGCGUUCGGCUGCGGCAUCACCCCCGAGAUCCACUGCGAUGGCGGACACACCUUCAGGCCCCCCUCCCUCAGCCAGUACUGCGUUUGCGACAUCGCUAAUGGAAACGGCCACACGAUAAAUCACGAUGAUCUGGGCAACCAUGAUCUGGAUGGGGAGGUGGAAGUUCUGAUGGAGAGGAUGAAGCAGCUGCAGGAGUGCGAUGAGGAGGCGACUCAGGAGGAAAUGGCGACACGGUUCGAGCGUGAGAAAACCGAGAGCAUGCUAGUGGUCACGGCUGAAGACGAGGAGUGCGUCCCGUCCAGAGAUAUUUCACGGCACUUUGAAGACCCCAGUUAUGGUUACAAGGACUUCUCCAGGGGCGGGGAUCAGGUGCCCACCUUCAGAGUGCAGGACUACAGCUGGGAGGACCACGGCUACUCUCUGGUGAACCGGCUCUAUCCAGACGUGGGUCAGAUGCUGGAUGAGAAGUUUCAGCUUGCCUAUAACCUGACCUACAACACCAUGGCAACUCACAAAGACGUAGACACCAGCAUGCUGCGCCGAGCCAUCUGGAACUACAUCCACUGCAUGUUCGGCAUCAGAUAUGAUGACUACGAUUAUGGAGAAAUAAACCAACUUCUUGACCGUAGCUUUAAGAUCUACAUAAAGACCAUGGUGUGUAGUCCGGAGAAGACCACCAAACGAAUGUAUGAAAGUUUUUGGAGGCAGUUCCAGCACUCCGAGAAGGUCCAUGUUAAUCUGCUUCUUAUGGAAGCGCGAAUGCAAGCUGAACUGUUAUACGCUCUGAGAGCGAUCACCCGCUACAUGACAUGA